AAAGCAUGUCCUGUUAUUAGUCGAUGUAAUUUUCAGCGGUUUUUUUUUUUUUUUUGCUAUUGUUUUUAAUUGUUUUACUGGCCAAGAUCAGCGUCAGUUGUUAAUAAAGAAAUCCGGAGGUCUUCGAUUGUAGCAUGUUGGACUGCAGUGUAUAACUUGUGAGAAGUUUCUGUGCAACUGAAAACAAGUACAGUUUCCAAGACUUUCAUUUUUUUAUACCUAACCCGAAACUACUUAUUAGUUUGACUGUCGGUGAGUUUUAAAAUGUUUUUUGAUUUAAUGUAGGUGUUCUUGGUUUGUUUCCUUAAGUGUUUUUUUUUUUUUUUUUUUUAAGCUCAUAGUGGAUCGGCUGAAACUAGAGAGUAUGUGAUUGAGUAGCUGAAUAUGCGAAACUUUGUUGCCAUCGUAUCAAGACAUAGUCUCCAGUCAGUAAGAGAAUGUGCUGUGAUUUGCUUCAGGAGCCUAGCAGCAGUUGUCACGAUUUUACUCCUACAGUUUCGUUUUUUUUUUUUUUUUUUUAAAUAAAUAUAUUUCGUUUUAUUUUGAAGUAUGAUUUUUGUUUUUUUGUAGGACGUAUUUUCAACUCGCUGUCUAUAUAAUUUCUGUCAUUGCCUGUGUUAAGUAUUUCAAGCAAUAUUAAGGAGACUGGGUUGUUAAAUUAAAAACUGCACUUCAAUAGUUGGAGUCGUUACUGCAAAACCAUGUAGACUGAACAGAACGCAUCGACUUUUUAUGGCGUGCAGUAUCCAUUGUGAAUGUAGUUUUGCAGAAACAAGGGACGUCUCCGCCUGUCAUAGUUUGUUAUGAUUUUUUUUGUUUAAUAAAUCAAUAGAAACACACCAUCUUUCUAGCCUGACACCAGUUAAACCAGAGCUCUUAGUCGGGAACUGAUUAUUUACAUGCCCUUUGAUGAUGGCGGAUUUUGUUGUGCCGCGACACAGCGCGGUGAUGGAGAGGCUCAGGCGGCGGAUCGAGCUUUGCCGGCGGCAUCACAGCGGUUGCGAGAGCCGCUACGACAACACGGCUAUGGAGCGGCUAGAGAUGGAAAGACAGCACACCUUUGCACUGCACCAGCGCUGUCUCCAGACCAAAGCCAAGCGAGGCAGCAAGCACAGGCAGCCACAGCCUGCUCCCGAUCAGACUGCAUUAAGGGGGGCUGGCACUGGAGGCAGCAACUCUGACGUGCCGGAUAGUGGGGCUACCGAGCAGAGCAGGAACAGCACCCUAAUUGCGCUCCAAGAAACGGUUAAGAGGAAGUUGGAGAAUGCUUCAUCUCCACUGAAUGGGGAUCAAACGAACGGUUUUGGAGAUGCAUACUCUGCAAACAAGAAGCCCCGGCUGGAUGAUCCUCAGAACACCAUCAACGGGGUAUCCAAUGGUUUACCACCUGUCUCCCCCUUGCACCAAUUGGACACAAAGCACUCUGGCAGUAGGGAGAGGCUGCUACCCAAUGGGAAUCAUUCUUUGGGCCUGGACCGGCUGAACAACAAAAACACUGUAGGCCUUCAUGAGCCCAGCCUAGGCGAGAACCAGGAGCUGGAUGACCGAUUUCUUCUCAAAGAGUUCAAACAGGAGCCGGAGGAUGAUAUUUUGCCAAGUUUGCCGCCGGCCGGCAGCAACCUCAUGCCUGACCUGAAUCUGAAUGAGCAAGAGUGGAAGGAGCUCAUUGAGGAGCUCAACCGCUCUGUACCAGACGAGGACAUGCAGGACAUUUUCAACGAUGACUUCGGAGACCGGAAAGACCCUGAUCCCAUGACUCCAGCCACGCACACACUCUUGCCGCAGGAUGCAGUCAGCAUCAAGGCAGAGUUCUCCCCGGCAGCCACAUCUUUUGACCAAGAGCAGCGGACAGUGUCCCCGCAGGUGAGGCCCAUGUCUUCUGGUCCUCCACAACACACCCCUUCCUCGACCAACACCAUUAAAGCCUCUUCACCAGCGAUGCCUAACUCGCAGCCUCCAAGCCAGCCCCAAAGGCAACUGCCACAGAAUGUCUUGUUGCCUAAACCUUCCUCCAACGAGCUGUCCUUGGCUCUGCAGCUUCAGCAGCUGGCAGCCCGGGAACAGCAGAGGGCUCAGCUCAUGCAGAACCAACAGCAGCAACAACAGGUACAGCAGCAGCAGCAGCAGCAGCAGCAGCAAGCUCAGACAUUCCAUCAAACCAACCACCAGCCCAACUGGCCCCAAGCUGCAACUUAUGGCAUGGAGAAGCCCACCAGCCCAUCUGUUUACCAGCAGGACUUCUCCAACUCCAAGCAGAUGAUGAUGCCCAAUGUGCUGAACAAGAAUUCUCCCAAAGCGGCCACCGCUGGAUACCUCCAAACCUCCACGAACCCCAAUGUGAUGGCCCACCCGCCCACAAGCUUGAACCAAAACUCUGUCAACAGCCAGGUGUCGGUGUUGAACUACAGGAACACCAAGCCUCUAUCCCACUACGAGUUGGACCAAGGGCCAAGAGUGACUCCGCCGGCUCAGAACAAAGCUGCCAUGCUGGCUUAUUUGCAGCAGCAGCAAAGGCAACAGCAGUUGGCUCAUCUCACCGAGGAACAGAAACGGAUGAUCAAACAGAAACCUGGGCUGCCGUACCGACCUAUUGUGCCCCAAACUCAGGAUCAAAACUCUGUGCAGACUGUCGCCCGGGUUCCAGGUCCUGUCCCAACUGCAGGCAUGGGGCCCCAGCCACCAGCUACUGCCUUAGUAGGGAAACAUGGCAAUGCCACCUAUCUUAAUAACCAGCAACAAGCAGCAGUUCUUCAACAGCAGCAGCAACACAUGCAACUUAUGGAAAAGCAGAAACAAUUAUUUAUAGGACAACGACAGCAGCUAAUGGCAGAACAGGAAAAGCAGCGUCACCAACAAGAGCAGCAGCUCCAGAGGCACCUCACACGGCCUCCUCCCCAAUACCAGGACCAACAGCAAAACCCCUACCAGCAGCAACAGCAGGUCAACCACUUUCAAGGCACAGCACCCUCUCAAGGUCUGGUCAACAUGGGUAACCUGGGAGCUCAGAGUGCCAGCAACCAGCGAAUGUUCCCCCAGAGUCAGGGCAUGAUGCAGAUGGGCAGAGGGCAAGCAGGUGCCCCCUCCUCUGCUGACCCCACAGCAAACCAACCUGAAUUGGACAUGCCUGCUUACAACAGCAUGGAUAAUGUCCAGCCGGUAAUGUAUAAUAACAUGGGUGCUGCCAACCAGCUACACCCUCACGUAGCCCAGCAGAGUGCCAUGAGUGAUGCCCAGUUGCAGAGACAGCCUGUGAGAAUGGGCCAAAGUAGCACUGUGCCAACAGGCUACAGGCAGAACUUAAUGGGCAGUUCUGGUUUAACGACACAGCAGCUGCACAAGGGACCCACUAAUCAAGCACUUAUCAAGCAGCAGCAAAUGGCAAGGAUGCCCAAUGCUAUGGGUGCCCAAGCUCAGAGUUGGCAGCACCAAGGUAUGCAGAGUAUGAACAACCAAACACCAGGGGGAGCAAACAACGGUCUUGGAGUAUUUAAUAACACUGGCUUUCACAUGCAGCAACAGCCACCAAAAAUGGCCAAUCAGCAGUUUAGCCAAGCUGGCCUCAAUGUCAAUCGGCCAAUGGCUGCAAUGAACUCUGCUGUUGCUGGGCAGAUGAUGCCAACUUUGGCACAGCAAAGGACCAACCAGCCUCCUUCUCAACAGCAGCAACCACAGCAACCAGUUGUAUCUGGAAUGAAUCAGCCAAUGCCUGACCUGACCAAUUUUGGUCAAGCUCAAAACCCUCAAAUGGUUAACCGGGCUAAUCUUCACUGUAGUCAGGGUUACCAAGUAAGGCCAGCCAAUCAGGAACUGCCGUUUAUUUACAGUGCUCAGUCGGGCAGCUUACAGAGUUUGCCUGGGGAAAGCGACUUGAUGGACUCGUUAAUGAAAAACAGGACUACAGAGGAGUGGAUGAAUGAUCUGGAUGAGUUAUUAAGAACUCAACACUGAGUGGAAGAGAGAAACUUCUAUUUUGUAAAAAUCUUUUAUACAAAAAAAAACAAUUAUAAAGGACCAAAAACCUGUGGUUUCCAGGACUUGAAAUGACAAUGAUUAAAUUACUACUGAUCGUGUGGGUCAGUAUUAAAACACUGAUUCCAUGAUGUAUGCAGGGAUGAACAUGUUUUAAAUAAAUAUAUAUAUUACUAUUCUUCAAUGUAGUAGUUAAUGUGGGCUACAAUGCAGGAAUUGUAACACUUUGUGUGUAUGUGACUGUAAGGCAGAAUACCUAAGUUGGUGUUAAAGCCCAUGAACAAAAUGGCUGGCUGGCUGGCCCAGUGUGUGGAGCCAAAAUCUGGGAUUGAAAAAUUCCUUAGCUCAGUCCAGCUCUGUUUAAACCUGUACGUGCUUUUUUAGUGUCCCCCCUCCCUUUUUAUGUAAGAAUGUCAGAUGCCCAGGUAUCUCUUUUAAAAAAUAAUAAAGUUAUCCCUGCAAAGGGGUAAUGCUGGUAAUCCUGUAAAGAAUUGC